UCUCCAUGUUUCUCUCAGUUCACAGGGGCAGACCAUGGUGUCGGUGCUGGUCUUCAGCACCCUGCUGUGGCUCUCUCUCAUCCUGGCGCUCAGAUUCUGCCUCAAACUGCUGCUCUCCUACCACCAGUGGAUGUUCGAGCAGCACGGCCGAGUCUCCAACGUCACCAAAGUCUGGGUGACUCUGCUGAGGUUAUUAUCGAGCAGGAAGCCUCUGCUGUACAGUUAUCAGACCUCUCUGCCUCACCUGCCGGUUCCUGCCAUCAAAGACACGCUGACCAGGUACCUGGAGUCGGUGCGCCCCCUGUUGACCGAUCCGGAGUUUAAACGAAUGACCAAACUGGCCAAUCACUUCGAAGCUAACCUGGGAAACCGCCUGCAGCGCUACCUGAGGCUCAAAGCUCUGUGGGCCACCAACUAUGUGAGCGACUGGUGGGAGGAGUACAUCUACUUGAGGAGCCGAUGUCCCUUAAUGGUCAACAGUAACUACUAUGGCAUGGACUUUCUGUAUGUGACCCCCACUCCGGUGCAGGCAGCCAGGGCAGGCAAUACCAUUACUGCCCUGCUGCUUUACCGGCGCAAGGUCAACCGGGAGGAGCUCAAACCAAGUCGGGUUCCAGGCACUGUUAUCCCUCUGUGUGCGGCUCAGUGUGAGAGGAUGUUCAACACAACACGCACACCAGGAGUCGAGACCGAUGUGCUCCAGCACUGGCAGGACAGCGAGUUUGUUGUAGUUUAUCACAAUGGUCGCUACUUCCGGCUGUGGGUGUACCAGGCAGGGCGGCUGCUAUCUCCUCGGGAGAUUGAGCACCAGAUGCAGAGGAUUCUGGAUGACCCUUCACCGCCGAAGCCUGGAGAGGACAAACUGGGAGCUCUCACUGCAGGAGACAGGAUUCCUUGGGCUCAGAUGAGGAAGCAGUACUUCAGCUCCGGCAUCAACAAGCGAUCACUGGAUGCCAUCGAGAGGGCUGCUUUCUUCGUAACCUUGGAUGAAGAAGAGCAAGGCAUGAGGGGAGAGGACCCAGCGGGAAACUUGGACCGCUACGCCAAGUCCCUGCUCCAUGGAAAAUGUUACGAUCGGUGGUUUGAUAAAUCCUUCUCCAUUGUGAUCUACAAGAAUGGGAAGAGUGGACUGAAUGCAGAGCACUCCUGGGCUGAUGCACCCACAGUGGCUCACCGUUCAGGCUCAAGUGUGCAGCUCCCUGGCUGUUGCCCAGGCAUUGGCAGAUGACGUCGACUGUCACGUGUUUCCCUUCAGGGAGUUUGGAAAAGGACAGAUCAAGAAGCUACGCAUCAGCCCUGACGCAUUCAUACAGAUCGGCUUACAGCUGGCAUACUACAGGGUUGCUGAUGAUGGUUAUGGGGUCUCAUACAUCAUUGUGGGGGAGGAUAUGAUCAACUUCCAUGUGUCCUCCAAGUACUCUUGCAGUGAGACUGACUCCCACAGGUUUGGAGCUCAGAUAAGUAAAGCUCUCCAGGACAUAAUGACUCUCCUCUCAGCUGACACCAAAACCUCCUUGUCCUCCAAAGGCGCAGCGCAGCCUCAGGCCAAGAAGCUCCUCUGAACCCCACAAGAAAUAAACCCUAAAUAACCCAUCGUCAAGGUCCCGUCAUUUUUAAAAUUGCAACCUAUUACAUAGCAUAAGACAAAAGCAUUAAUUAUACAGACGUGAAUUUAAGGAGUAAAAUCAAAGAGAGAUUCCAUGGCAGUCACAUAGCUUUUGGGUCCUGUUCAGACACGACAGAAACAAAAAUGUGAGGAGCCCUGUCGUAUUAAACGGGUCAUCUAUGGUGCCAACUUUUAACCCCACAUACCUGCAUUAGAGGACUGCUGCGCCUUACCCGGGUGUUAUGAUUUGCAUUCUUCUGUUUUGUAACAUGGAGCUAAAAGCCUUUCUAGAUAAGAGGAUGCACAUGUUUAUUACAAGUCAGCUAGACCAGUGGUUCCCAGCCCCUGAAACCUUAUCUAUCGUUUAGUAAACUGACGACCCCUGUUUAGGUGACAUAUUGUAUGGUGUUUUUUUAGGAAGUUUAGGAAACUUUUUAUACAAUUAUCUACAUAUCUAUUUUCGAUUAUCUAUCUAUUAUGUUUUUUGUUUUUUUUGACAAGCACACACGCUUAAUAGGCUUCUUUUUUGACAGUUUCAGAGUUUUCUUGUCCCUGAUGCUUGGCCUUUCAACUGAGACUAUUUACUUUCUUUUAAAGAAUUGAACCAAAUGCUCAGAUAUAGGCCUACUGUGUAAGUUUUCUAGCACAUUUUGAGAAUAACAAGACCUCACAACCCCAUAUGAAGCUUUAGCACCCCCCGGUUUGGGAACCACUGAGCUAGACGACACGUGAACAUGUAAAACCGCUUCCAAUCCCUGCUUUCUCUGAGAAUAUGAAACCUGCAAUGGCCGAUUUUUAAGAAAGAGGGAGCAAAGGUCAUCACUUAAGAAGGAUGUCUUUAGCAGUAAGAAGCAAAGAAAGAGAGACAAAUGUCGCUGACAACAGGCGGACAGCAUUAAGAGACUCUAAAUCUCAAUAAAAGUGAAGGGGAAAAUGUUCUUUUAGAUGCUGUGCAGCAGUUCGGGGUUAGAUAGGGCCCGUCGGACGUCACUGCAAAACUCAAGAACAAAAGGAGGUUAAAGAAGUUGUAGCCACAUUUUAUUGUCAUUUAAUUUGAUGUAUGAAAUGGGACUAGAGGUUUAUAAACUAGACGAUGAAAGUCCCACUCUAAUCUGUAGGAAUAAAUAUUCUUCCACCCAAUGUUCAGGGUUACUUUCACCUAUCGCCUGAUCUCAGGAUAAGCCACAGCCGGAAUCAGUAGUUAGCUGCUAAUGUCUUACAUCUUUAAUGACAGACAGAAUGUGUCUGAAUGUGUACUGUGGUUUUUAUACGACACCUGCUAAGAGCUAAAAAAAAAUAGUAUGCCUUUCCAUAGUGAGAGGCCCUGUGGAGUUUUUAACCAUAGCUACCCCUAGGAUUGCCAUAGCACCAGCCUAGCACCCCCAAGAAAUAUCUGUGGCUUCUUUAGAUUUUUUUCAUUUUAAAAGUGUGAAUACUAUAAUUCAUAAUCUGAAAAAUGAAUAGAUACAUUAACAAAACAAACCGAUCUUUUUUAGAUUAAAAAACACAUGAUGAUCGAUCUGAUUCUGUCAAUGGGUGCAGCACGCACUUAACCUUUAAACUUACGUCCACUUCCUUUGCUACCGUCAUAUUGAAACCUGAAUUAUGGGGUUGAGUAACCCCAAAGCAUUAGCAACAGAAAAUCCCUGGUUUUCUUUUUCACUGCCAUUGCUGGCACAUAGCUGUGCUUCUUUGAGUCAACACGGUCCAAGGAAAUAAUAGUGUGGAACAGAGACCUACUUGUAAACACUUCUCUCCAUGCCGCUACUGUUUUUAUUUUAACUCCUUUAAAGCCAACUGUUAGCAUGCUUAGAGCAUAUCUUUAACCCGCUCAGACUGCUCUGGUGACAUUGGGCCUGAUAAUCAAUCAGAUUAUUAAAAAUAAUUCAUUGUAAUUUUAAUUAAUUGGAUUUAAUGUUCUAAAUCUUCAAAGUAACCAGUAACUACAGUAAAAGGUACAAUAUUUUCCUCUGAAAUGUAGUGGAGUAGAAGUAUUAAGAGCAAAAAUGACUAAUAUAAAGUAUCUCUAAUAUUUACUUAUGUGAAGUAAUUUCACAACUGGUUCAGUUGUUAGGUUGUGAACUUGGGAGCAGUGUUGUAAAACUAUAAGUAGUGAGUGAUGUCUUUUAAUUAGUAGCUCUAUCUGUUAUAAUUGAGGGUUACUGUGUCCCAAUUGGAAGGCUGCCAACUCCCCGGCGCUUUGUGUAACAACGCUGUGUUCAAAAAAAGAGUCAUGGGAACACAGGAUUCACAGUGAUGUUGACAUUUUAUUCAUUGCGGUACAUAGUUUUAAUUUAGAUUUACACACUUCCAUUACGUUCUCUGAUGCACUAAUGUUUUGAAUAUUUGACAAUCCAAUCAAAGGCUUUGUGCUGACCGAGAUCAGGUGGUAACUCACAAUGUAACCCUGGGUGUUGUCUUCCUAGCCAUGUGUAGGAAGGAAGCAGGAAAGGGUGGGAGAAGGUAAAUGAGCGCAAAUGACUUUUCCGUUUUGUUUGUUUUACUUUCUCAAUUCAGUGGAUUGCUUAAUUAAGGAGUGGCUCUUUUAGGUCAAAUGUGUCAGCUUAUCAGACACAGUUGUGUUUUACUGCUGUUGAAUAAAACGCACCUUGAGUGUAUUCUCUCCGUCACUGAGCCAGUUAUUAGUUAAUAAUUAUUUGUUAUUUGGGUCACUCCACCUUAGCUUGCAUUUGUUUUCACUACAGCUGACAGCUGCGGCCUCAGGGAGCGGAGCAACAGUUCUCAUCUCACCAUAACAUUACUUAAGCCAGAGCCCAUAAAUAACAGUGUCUUGCACAUACAAUUCACAAUUAUCAAUAGCAAAUGUAAAUCAACUAUCUUUCUCAGCUCUGAUUGGUUGUUUUUGUUCAGGCCCGGUGGUUCCUUCAAAUGCCAUUACGAGCACUAGGAGGAGCCAGAUUUUUUUCACAGAUUUUCAAAAUAUUUUUAUAAAAAUUACCUACUGCAGCUUUAAGUGCAUCAAAUGCAAAAGGCCAAACCAAUUACGUGCCUCAGUCUACUCCACUGUGCAGCAAUAGCACUAGCAUUUAGCAGCAGGUUUACAGUUUGCUUUGUGUUAGGACUAAAGGUUAAUAUUAAGAUUAGCACGGUCUUUUCUUACUGACUUGAUUUUGGGAUACAUUUGUAUUGUGUUUUUUUAUCUGUGUAACUACUGUUUCUGCUCUUGGUUAAUAGUUGAUGAUUGAACGUUUUUAAUUAAUUUGUGGGAAUUGUAGUUUUUUUAAUUAUAUAAUAUCCAAUGUUUACUGAUUUUACACUCCAAAAAUGCUCAUUAUUACUGUGUUUUUUGUCAGUAGUUUUGAUUCUAAAGCUUAUUUAAAUGUAAAUGUAGAAAGUUGUGGAAGGCUUUUUACAGAUGGUGAUGGUGUGUUAUGUGAAAUAAAAAUCUUACUGACUGUACAGUG